GUCUUCCCAAACUCGUUCAGUAUUACGGCAAGUCUUGGAAAUUUACGAAUCAGUGAUGACAGCCUUCCGGACGACCAUCUCUACUUUUGGAUCUGUGAUAUGCGAGACCCUGGAGGAACUUCUUUUGUUGAGUUGGCUUUUACAUCAUUCAGUACCAUUGAUGAAGAUUAUGAAGGUUUCGACUACUGUCUCUCUGGACAACUUUCUGAAGUGCGCGUUGUUUAUCUGAAUCGCUUUAUUCAAGAGGUUGCUGAAUACUUUAUGGGGCUUGUGCCAAGUGAUUCAAAAGGGGUUGUCAAGAUGAAGGAUCAAAUUACGGACUCAGAGAAGUGGUUUACGACUAGCGAAAUUGAAGGAUCUCCUGCUCUUAAGUUAGAUCUAUCUCUUAAGAAGCCCAUAAUUGUCAUGCCUCGGCACACUGAUAGCCCUGAUUACCUGAAGCUCGAUAUUGUGCAUAUAACUGUGAGCAAUACCUUUCAGUGGUUUGCUGGAGACAAAAAUGAGAUGAACGCAGUUCACGUUGAAACUAUGAAAGUAAUGGUCAUGGAUAUCAACCUUAAUGUUGGUUCUGGAGCUGAAAUAGGUUAUGCUGGGACAGCAAGAGAUGCACCGUUGGCCGCUGUACAGAUCACUGGUGGCUGGCUUCUCUACAAAUCCAAUACUCACGAUGAGGGUUUCCUUACUGCAACGUUGAAGGGAUUCAGUGUUAUUGACAACCGUGAAGGAACUGGAAAAGAGUUCAGACUGGCUGUAGGAAGACCUGCAGAUUUAGAUUUUGAAGAGUCACAUUUUCUGACUGAUGAAGAUCAGGGAUUAACUCAGUCACAUGUAACCAAGGAGAGUGAUAUUAGACCCUUUCCUUCGAUGCUCACUCUUGAUGCGCAAUUUGGUCAGUUGUCAACUUUUGUUUCCGUUUCUAUUCAAAGGCCACAGCUGCUUGUAGCUUUGGAUUUUCUACUGGCCGUAGUAGAGUUUUUUGUCCCUACUAUAGGCAGUGUGCUAUCAAGUGAAGAAGAUAAAAACCUUAAUAUGGUCGACGCAAUUAUCAUGGAUAAGUCUAUCUACAAGCAACAAACUGCUGAAGCGUUUCUUUCUCCUCUGGGUCCUUUGAUCGUUGAGGAUGAGAAAUUUGAUAACUUUGUUUAUGAUGGUAAUGGUGGAACGCUAUAUCUGAAAGAUAGAAAUGGAGGCAUCCUUUCUUCACCUAGUACAGAGCCUAUUAUCUAUGUAGGAAGUGGGAAAAGGUUGCAAUUCAGAAAUGUAGUCUUUAAGAAUGGCCAAGUCUUGGAUUCAUGUAUCUCUUUGGGAGCUUGCAGCAGCUAUUCUGUUUCGAGAGAGGAUGGAGUUGAGUUGGAAGUAUAUCAUAAAGCCCCACAACAAGAUUAUGAGAGGAAGGAAGAUAUGAUUUCUCAAUCUCCCAGUACCUCAACAGAGAGGUCCAUGGAAUUGGUCAUUGAGUUCCAGGCUAUUGGCCCAGAACUUACUUUCUACAACACAUCAAAAGACGUAGUUAAAACGCCAUUACUCUCCAACAAACUUUUGCAUGCUCAGUUGGAUGCUUAUGGCAGGGUUGUCAUAAAGAAUGAUGAAAUUGAAAUGAGUGCUCAUACGUUGGGUCUAACCAUGGAGAGUAAUGGAGUGAAAAUUUUGGAACCUUUUGACACCUCUGUAAAGUAUUCAAGUGUUUCUGGGAAGACUAACAUACGCCUUUCAGUUUCAAACAUAUUUAUGAACUUUUCAUUCAGCAUCUUGAGAUUGUUUAUAGCUGUUGAAGAAGAUAUUUUAUCAUUUCUAAGGAUGACAUCCAGAAAAAUGACUGUCGUCUGCUCAGAGUUUGAUAAAAUUGGGACCAUCAGGAAUCCCUAUACAGAUCAAAUAUAUGCAUUCUGGAGACCCCAUCCACCCCCUGGUUUUGCAAGUCUUGGCGACUAUUUGACACCAUUGGACAAGCCACCAACUAAAGGGGUUCUUGUUGUCAACACCAAUUUAAUGAGAGUGAAGAGGCCUCUAUCUUUCAAACCGAUUUGGUCACCUUUAGACAAAGAUGAAGGAGAUAAUUCAUGUUCCAUUUGGUUCCCUGAAGCACCAAAGGGUUAUGUGGCAUUAGGCUGUGUGGUAUCAAGUGGAAGUAUGCCGCCUUCACUGUCCUCUGCCUUUUGCAUCCUGGCUUCUUCUGUUUCCCCUUGUUCUCUCAGAGAUUGUAUCGCUAUCAGCUCCACAGAUAUUUCUCAAUCAAGUUUAGCAUUUUGGCGUGUGGAUAAUUGUAUUGGCAGUUUCUUACCUGCGGAUCCCUCUACUCUCAACUUAGUAGGAAGACCAUAUGAGCUACGUCAUAUAUUAUUUGGAUCCACUGGAGUCUUGCCAAAAGAAUCCAGCUAUGUGGAUGUUCGUACUACUCCUGAUAAUAUUCAGCCCACACAGCCACAGUUACUAAAUUCUGUUAACUCUGCUCAGCGAUUUGAAGCUGUCGCCACCUUUGAAUUGAUAUGGUGGAAUAGGGGCUCAGGUUCGCAAAAGAAAGUUUCAAUAUGGCGACCAAUAGUUUCUGAGGGGAUGGCUUAUUUUGGAGAUAUUGCUGUUAGUGGGUAUGAACCUCCAAACUCUUGUGUGGUUCUUCAUGAUACUACCGAGCAAGAGAUCCUCAGAGCCCCUGUUGAUUUCCAACUUGUUGGACGUGUCAAGAAACACAGGGGAGUAGAAAGUAUAUCUUUCUGGAUGCCUCAAGCACCACCGGGUUUUGUUUCUAUGGGUUGUGUUGCAUGUAAAGGCUCUCCAAAACCAUAUGAUUUCACCAAAUUAAGAUGCGCUCGUAGCGAUAUGGUAGCUGGUGAUCAUUUUGCUGAAGAUAGUUUGUGGGAUACCUCUGAUUUCUGGCAGAGGGCAGAACCAUUUAGUAUAUGGAGCAUAGGCAAUGAGUUGAAGACCUUUAUUGUCCGUAGUGGUUUGAAAAAACCACCAAGGAGAUUUGCGUUAAAGCUAGCAGACCAGGAUUUGCCUGGGGGGACUGAUAACAUGGUCAUUCAUGCUGAAAUUGGGACUUUUUCUGCUGCACUUUUUGAUGACUACGGGGGACUGAUGGUUCCAUUGGUUAACAUAUCUUUGAACAAUAUAAGUUUUGGAUUACUUGGCAAAACCGACUACACAAAUUCAACCAUCAACUUCUCCUUAGCGGCCAGGUCAUAUAAUGAUAAAUAUGAAGCAUGGGAGCCUUUCAUUGAGCCUGCAGACGCAUUCUUAAGGUACCAGUUCAAUCCUAGAUCCUUCGGUGCGGUUUCUCAGUUACGCUUGACAUCGACAAAGGACUUGAAUGUGAAUGUCUCAGUUUCAAAUGCUAAUACAAUUAUCCAGGCGUAUUCUAGUUGGAACAGUCUUAGCAACGUCAAUGAAUACCAUAAAGAGAGAGGAGCAUUUCCUCUAGUUGACAAUGGAAAAUCUGUCAUUGAGGUGCACCAGAAGAAAAACUAUUUCAUAAUACCACAAAACAAGCUUGGGCAGGAUAUAUAUAUCAGAGCAACUGAAAUCAAAGGAUUUAAGGAUAUUGUAAAGAUGCCAUCUGGGGACAUAAGACCCGUAAAAGUUCCUGUCUUGACCAAUAUGUUGGAUUCUCACCUCAGAGGAGACCUAUGCAGGAACCCUAGAAUAAUGGUUACAGUUAUUGUGAUUGAUGCGCAGCUUCCAAGAACUUCUGGAUUAUCUUCUCAUCAAUACACUGGAAUCAUACGCUUGUCUCCCAAUCAGACCUCCCCUGUUGAAUCAGUGCUUCGUCAGCAAAGUGCACGUACUUGUGGAAGUGUCUCAAAUAUGUUAUCCUCUGAGCUGGAAGUGGUUAACUGGAGUGAAAUAUUUUUCUUCAGAAUUGAAUCUCUGGAGGACUCUAUCUUGGAAUUAAUAGUGACAGACGUUGGAAAAGGUGCGACUGUUGGGACUUUUUCGGCUCCUUUAAAGCAGAUAGCACGAUAUAUGAAGGACAACCUACACCAGCACAAUUAUGCCAAUGACCUUGUCUGGUUAGACUUGUCUACAACUGAAACCACGGGCAUGAACCAAGGGGAUCAGAGAAAGAACUGUGGAAAAAUAAGAUGUGCUAUACUGUUGCCAGCAAAGUCUAAUGUGGUGGACCAAAGCAAAUCCUCCACUGGAAAAAAAUCUGGAUUUCUUCAAGUAAGUCCUAGCAUUGAGGGUCCUUGGACGACAGUGAGGCUGAAUUAUGCUGCACCUGCUGCUUGUUGGCGGUUGGGAAACGAUGUAGUUGCAAGUGAAGUUAGUAUGCAGGAUGGAAACAGAUACGUAAAUGUCAGGUCUCUAGUUUCGGUGGAGAACAAUACUGACUUCCUAUUGGAUUUCUGCCUGCAGUCUAAAGUCAAUUCAAUACCAGAUAUUCCAAUUGGGUUACUGAAAUCUGGUGAUACGUUGCCGGUUCCCUUGUCAGGAUUGGCACAGUCUGCAUCUUAUGUUCUGAAGCUGAAGUGUGUAAUGCCUGAUGGUUCUGAUGUAUAUUCUUGGAGUUCUGUGGUUUCAAGGCCAGGGGAAUCAGAGACUGCUUGUGAAUCAGAGUCUGAAAUAUCUAUAUCGGCUCUUGCUGAAUCUGAGCACUUGCUAUGUUGUACUCAGAUAAGCAGUACUUCUGGAGAAAAUAAAAAAUUGUGGUUCUGUUUGAACAUCCAAGCAACAGAAAUUGCAAAGGACAUACGUUCGGAUCCUAUUCAAGAUUGGACUCUUGUGGUUAAAUCACCGUUUUCUAUAGCAAAUUGUCUUCCAUUUGGAGCUGAGUACUCAGUACUAGAGAUGCAAGCCAGUGGUCAUUUUAUUUGUCGCUGUAGAAGUGUCUUUGGCUCUGGGGAAACUGUGAAGGUGUAUAGUGUCGAUAUAAGGAACAAAUUAUAUUUUUCUUUGCUGCCACAAAGAGGGUGGCUACCAAUGGAUGAAGCUGUCCUUGUAUCUCACCCCAAUGGUGUCCCUGCGAAGACAAUUGGACUCAGAAGUUCUGCCACUGGAAGGGUUGCUCAAGUAAUACUGGAACAAAACUACGAUGAACAACAAAAAGUUUUGUCGAAGAUGAUCAGACUCUACGCUCCGUUCUGGUUUUCGAUUGCGAGGUGUCCCUCACUUACCCUGAGACUUCUGGAUCUGUCAGGGAAGAAGCAAACAAGAAAAGUUGGUCUUCCAUUUCGAAACAAAAAGAAUGACGACGUAGUCCUGGAGGAGGUAACUGAAGAAGAAAUAUAUGAAGGUCAUACAAUUGCUUCUACUUUGAAUUUCAAACUUCUGGGCCUGUCAGUGUCUAUAUCUCAGUUUGGCAAUCAGCAACAUGGUCCUGCAAAAGAUCUUUCUGCUCUUGGUGACAUGGAUGGAUCUUUGGAUGUUGAUGCUUAUGAUCCCGAUGGAAAAUGCAUGCGGCUAUUUUUAUCUACAAAACCUUGCACUUACCAGUCAGUUCCUACAAAGAUCAUAUCUGUUCGACCAUUCAUGACUUUCACCAACAGGAUCGGUGAAGACAUAUAUAUUAAACUGAACAGUGCAGAUGAACCAAAAGUACUCCAUGCUUACGAUUCGAGGGUCUCCUUUGUUUUCCAGCCAAGUGGUAGAGAUGAACUCCAGGUCCGGUUAAGAGAAACAGAGUGGUCAUUUCCCGUUCAAGUUACUCGAGAGGACACAAUUGUUCUGGUAUUAAAGAGUCACAAUGGUGCACGGAGACUUGUGAAAGCAGAGAUACGGGGAUUUGAAGAAGGGUCACGUUUUAUAGUUGUAUUUCGACUUGGACCCAGCAACGGUCCUAUGAGGAUUGAAAAUAGAUCAACUGUCAAAAGCGUCAGUGUUCGCCAAUCUGGUUUUGAUGAAGAUUCGUGGAUUUUGUUGGAACCCCUUACAACAGCAAAUUUUGCUUGGGAAGAUCCUUAUGGUCAGAAAUUCUUGGAUGCUAAGGUUGAAAGUGAUCACCGCUCUGACGUUUUCAAACUAGACAUGGAAAAAGGUGUUGUGGAUUCUGAAUUGUUUAGGGAGUUAGAAAUGAACUUUCAUGUGCAAGAAAUUGGUGAUAUCAAGAUUGCUAGAUUCACCGAUGAUGACAGUACUUCACAGAGUCCUAACGAAAUCAUAUCUUUGACAUCGGUUGGGAAUCAUGGAUAUUCUACUCCUCAGACACCUACAGAACACAAAACCACCACUCUGGAGUUCAUAAUUGAAAUGGGACUAGUGGGGAUCUCUCUUGUGGAUCACAUACCCAAAGAGUUAUCAUACUUUUACCUUGAAAGAGUUUUUGUAUCUUACUCCACUGGGUAUGAUGAGGGAAGAACUAGCAGGUUCAAAAUCAUUCUGGGCCAUUUACAGAUUGAUAACCAGCUACCUCUAACUUUAAUGCCAGUACUAUUGGCACCAGAUAACACCGGAGAUAGUCAUCAACCAGUGCUUAAGAUGACAAUUACAAUGUGUAAUGAAGAAACUGAUGGCAUUCAAGUGUAUCCAUAUGUGUAUGUACGGGUGACAGAUAAUACCUGGCGACUAAACAUUCACGAGCCUAUCAUUUGGGCGUCGGCUGACUUCUACAAUAAGCUUCAGAUGGACCGUCUCCCCAAAAGUUCUAGUGUCGCGCAAGUUGAUCCUGAGAUACAUAUAAACCUCAUAGAUGUUUCGGAGGUAAGGCUAAAGGUCUCACUGGAAACAGCGCCAGCUCAGAGGCCUCACGGAAUUCUUGGUGUUUGGAGCCCCAUUUUAUCCGCUGUUGGAAAUGCAUUCAAAAUUCAGGUCCAUCUUAGGAGAGUAAUGCACAGAGAUCGGUUUAUACGGAAAAGUUCGAUCGUUCCAGCCAUCGGGAAUCGCAUAUGGAGAGAUUUGAUCCACAAUCCCUUACAUUUGAUAUUCUCAGUAGAUGUUUUGGGUAUGACUAGCUCAACACUAGCUUCUCUUAGCAAAGGGUUUGCUGAGCUUUCAACUGAUGGUCAAUUCCUGCAACUACGGGCAAAACAGGUUUGGUCGAGGAGGAUCACCGGUGUAGGUGAUGCAUUUGUUCAAGGAACAGAAGCCCUAGCACAAGGUGUUGCCUUUGGGGUAACAGGAGUUGUUACAAAGCCUGUAGAGAGCGCUCGACAAAAUGGAAUUCUAGGGUUUGCCCAUGGGGUAGGACGGGCUUUCCUAGGAUUUAUCGUACAACCAGUGAGUGGUGCAUUAGAUUUUUUCUCAUUGACUGUUGAUGGAAUUGGAGCAAGUUGUACCAGAUGUUUGGAGGUUUUGAGCAACAGGACCGCCUUGGAGAGAAUUAGAAAUCCCCGUGCUGUUCAUGCUGAUGGUAUACUCAGGGAAUAUGAUGAGAAGGAAGCUAUAGGCCAGAUGCUUCUUCACCUAGCAGAAGCAAGUAGGCAUUUUGGCUGUACAGAAAUAUUCAGGGAACCCUCAAAAUUCGCUUUGUCUGAUUGCUACGAAGAGCAUUUCCUUGUUCCAUACAAACGCAUUGUCAUGGUGACCAACAAGAGAGUUGUGUUAUUACAGUGCUCUGAUAUGGAUAAGAUGGAUAAGAAACCCAGCAAGAUCAUGUGGGAUGUGCCUUGGGAGGAACUUAUGGCGUUAGAAUUGGCAAAGGCAGGUAGCCAAAGGCCCUCGCAUCUCAUACUGCAUCUCAAGAGUUUUCGCAAGUCAGAGAUUUUUGCUCGGGUUAUAAAGUGCAGCGUGCCAGAAGAAUCAGAUGGACUAGAACCUCAAGCUGUUAGAAUCUGUUCAGUAGUGCGCAAAAUGUGGAAAGCAUAUGAGUCUAACAUGAAAAAUCUUGUUCUCAAGGUUCCUUCAAGCCAGAGGCAUGUGUAUUUUGCUUGGAAUGAGGCUGAUGGAAGAGACUCAAAAACAUACAAAAACAAAGCUAUUGUUAAAUCGAGAGAACUUUCUUCUUCAAGCUCUGUCUCAGAUGAUAGAAAGCUUGUCAAACAUAGUAUCAACUUCUCAAAAAUAUGGAGUAGUGAGCGAGAAUCUAAAGGUCGAUGUUCUUUGUGUAAAAAGCAGGAUUCGGAGGAUGGAGGAGUGUGCACUAUCUGGAGACCCAGUUGUCCAGAGGGAUUCGUGUCAGUGGGUGAUGUAGCUCAUGUCGGUAGCCAUCCCCCAAAUGUUGCUGCUGUUUACAAUAACUCCAAUCGAGUGUUUGCACUUCCAGUGGGUUAUGACCUCGUGUGGAGAAAUUGCUUAGAUGAUUACGUAAAUCCUGUAUCGAUCUGGCAUCCGCGGGCUCCUGAGGGAUUCAUCUCUCCUGGAUGUGUUGCAGUGGCUGGUUUCGUUGAGCCAGAGCUCAACACAGUCUAUUGCAUGCCAACGUCUCUGGCGGAGCAGACUGAGUUUGAGGAACAGAAGGUUUGGUCGGCACCUGACGCGUACCCAUGGGCUUGUCACAUUUACCAGGUUCGGAGUGAUGCACUUCACUUCAUGGCUCUGAGACAGACAAAAGAGGACUCUGACUGGAGAGCCGUUAGAGUUCGAGAUGAUUACAGAUCCAUGGAAUCUGAUUCGGCAAAGAAUUUGCGUAUAGAAUGAGAAACUUAUACUAUUGGGAAACUAUUGUAGGUUUGCAAACAAAAGAGGGCUUCUUUAGUUGGGUUUCAUUUUAUUGCGUGGAAGCGAUUAUAUGUUGAUUAAGUGUACAAUUGUGGAUAAAAAUACAAUACUUGUGCAUUCUAGGGAGGAUGUAUUUGUACAUUUUCUUGGUUAGAGAACUCAAAGCAGAGUUAUGAUUACAUUGCGGUAUAUGCUUCUUAAUUUCAGUAAUCAACUAAAGGAAACAGAAGACCUUAAUUUCA